UUUCAAUGGGUCUUGCAUUUUUCCAGAGUUAAAUUGGUCCGAUAAUUCUGUGUUACAAUUAUAUACAGACAGCUCAGGCACAUUAAGUUUAGGUUGUGCCGCAAUGUUUGGCAAGCAUUGGGUGUUCAUGCAAUGGCCAAAAAAGUGGUGCAAGUCACCAAUCAUGGCUGAUCUGUCAUUUCUAGAAUUUGUUCCCAUAGCACUUGCCUUUCACAUUUGGCUUCCCAAUUUUAAGGGUAAGAAAAUUAUCCUUAACACGGAUAAUGAAGCUUUAGUUACAAUUUUAAACAAAAAAUCUUCAAAAUCUAAGUAUGUUAUGUACCUGCUUCGCCCAUUUGUUUUAAAUAUGAUGUUGAAUAAUAUCCAAAUAAAAGCUGUGCAUGUGUCAGGUUUAAAUAAUGGCAUUGCUGACUCUAUUUCUCGUAAGCAGUGGGACAGGUUCCGUCGUCUGGCACCAGAUGCCGAUCAGCAAGCCACUUUGGUCCCGGACAGUUUUCGGAAUCUGCUCUCUGGGCUGAGGCAGACAAACUAUUAGAUUCCAGUUUAUCUAGCAAUACUCACAAGGCAUAUACAAAUGCUAUUGAAGUUUUCAAUCAAUUCAGAACAAGACAUCAAAUGUUACUAACCUGGCCACCUCCAUUGGAGCAAAUGAUUAGAUUUAUUGCUUACAAUUCUUUGAUUGGUCGUGCCCCAAGAACAGUUAGGCAAUAUGUAUCUGGUAUCGCAUUCCAUUGCAAGAUUAACAAUAUUGAAGAUAUAACUCAAAAGUUUAUUGUACGUAAACUUCUUAAUGGCCUAGACAAAAGUUCGUUAAGGGUUGAUAAUAGGCUUCCAAUAACUUUUGACUUACUUGGGAAGUUAGUGUCAAUUCUACCAGCUAUCUGUAUUUCCAAAUACGAAGAAACGUUGUUCAAAUCUAUGUUUCUCACAGCUUAUUUCGGAUUUUUUAGGCUAAGUGAAUUAGUUUUGUCAAAAUCCCCUGAUGUGCAGCAUGCUAUAUCAGUUGACAAUGUUUCAAUUGUUUCUGACAUGUUACAAAUUUUUGUACAAUCAUCUAAAACUGAUCAAACAGGAAAAGGUGCGUUAGUACAGAUUUCUUCUGUUGGUGGUGAAUUUUGUCCAGUUAUGGCUGUAAAGCAAUUUCAAUUAGUUCGUCCAUCACUUCCAGGGCCUUUCUAUUGCCAUUUUUCAGGGCAACCUGUAUCACGUUAUCAAUUUAAUGCUGUGCUUAAAAAGGCUUUAAGCGCUCUAGGCCUUGCUAAAACAAACAUCAAAUCUCACUCCUUUAGAAUAGGUGCAGCCACUGAAGCUGCUUUAGCGGGUUUGUCAGACACUGAAAUAAAGGGUCUUGGUAGGUGGCAAUCAAGCGCAUUUAAGAGUUAUAUAAGAAUACCGGUAAACAAAAUUAUAUUUUUAAGAAUUGCAGUACCUAGGAAGGUCAUAUGGAUUGUUGGUUCAUCAAUAAUCAAGUGGGCUGCUUAUCAUGCACGGGUUAAUCAUAUAGGGGGAUCACAAUUGGAUUUACAACGUCACAAUGCCUCGUUAUUCUGGCAGGGCAAGGGCGGCAUGAGGUGGUAUCAGGUUUAUAAUCGUAUUCAUCAUUUAUUGAAAUUUGAGGACCGACCACAUAUUUUAAUUUUACAUUGUGGUGGCAAUGAUAUUGCUCAAGUACCAGUAUUACUACUGAGAAGAAAAAUUUUAAGAACAAUUCAAAUCCUUAAACAUGAAAUGCCUGAUGUAACUUUUGUAUGGUCUCAAAUUUUGCCAAGGCAGAAAUGGCGCAAUGAGAUAUCCCAUCAAGCAAUGGAAAAGGCUCGCAAACGCCUUAAUAGUUACAUAGCCACUAAAGUUAUUGCAUUAGGUGGUGGUUAUAUUCGUUACCCCGAAAUCACUGAUUCCAGUACUGGACUGUUUAGAGAUGAUGGGGUUCAUUUAUCUCACAUGGGAAAUGAAUUAUUUUUGUACAGGUUACAACAGGCUGUUCAGGCCUUCUUGAAAGACAAUGCAAGUGUUUCACCUUUGGUGGGAGAAGAUGGCCCAUGGCUCAGGAAUUAAACAUUAUUGGGUGGAAUUUCAAUUUUUCUUUUUUCUGUGGUGGCGAUAUGGCUGAAUUGAUUUAGUCAUUAUUCAGCCAUGUGGCGUUUUUUAGUUUUCGCCACCAGCCUUUUUUGUGCUGUAUUAAGUAAAAAGGAACGAAGUCAGCAUCUGUUCCCAGGGCUUUCUUCGCUCUUUUGUAUGUAAAAUAAUAAUUAAGUUUUCAUUGAGCCAUGGCCGUAUUCUCCCAUUCAUAAAAUAAACAAGUAUCAAAUUUUGA